AUGAGUGACGAAACCAGCUCACUGGACAGAAGCUAUUGGAGCAACAGACGUCAAGAGAGCUCCACACACGUUGUCUGUUUGUUAUCCCAAUUUGCGAAUCGCGGCCGCCCCGGCUAACUCGAGGCUGAUGGUGAGGAUAUAAAAUGAGCAGCUCUGGGGCCUUCUGGAUUCAAUCACUCUGUGAUCUUCUGCCGAAACACUUCCGUGGAAAAUUGUGCGCGACAUUUACACUUGCACUUUUUCUCCCUCCGAGAAGCCAAGAGUGAUUAAUUUCUAAUACUCCAGUGAUCUUUUCAUUCUCACCUUUUGACUUGAGUGAAUUUCUUGUGAAGUGACAACUUUUCCAAUAACACUAUAUGCGACUUGUGUGAAGAAAAUGUGGUUUAGUUGGUGAGAAAAGCUUCAGGACUGAACAUUCUAAUCUUGCGAUUGAAAGACAAUUUGUGAGACAUUCUUCUUGGGAAGUGAGUGAAUAAAAAUGAAGGAUCGCUUUAAGGUGUUUCGUGUUGGUGAAGAUUCUGAGCCACCAUCUGAAAAUGGCACUUAUAGAAAUGAGAGCCCUGAAGAACCUAAAAGAAAAUCAAUCUGCGACAUGGAUGGUAUUAGAAAGAAAAGUCUUGCUCAAUUAACAAGAGAGGCCCUGCCACGUCUCGACAACUAUCGCAUAUCCAAGAGGGCUCUCAAGAGACCAUCUCUCGGUGAACUCCAUGGUGAGUUGGACCAAAAAACGGAUGCUCCAGAUGAGACUACGGUCCCCUCCACAGAACACCAUGGCAUCAAAUUGGGAUGGGUUCAAGGUGUCUUAAUCCCAUGCCUUCUCAAUAUUUGGGGUGUAAUGCUCUUCCUGCGUCUCACGUGGGUGGUAUCUCUGUCUGGAAUUGGUCAGACCAUCGUUAUCAUCGGAAUCUCCUAUUUUGUAUGCUUUGUUACCACACUCUCGCUUUCGGCCAUCAGCACAAAUGGCGAAGUAAAAGGUGGUGGAAUUUACUAUAUCAUCUCACGAUCCUUGGGUCCAGAAUUUGGUGCUUCUGUUGGUAUUGUUUUUGCAUUUGCCAAUGCUGUGGCAGCCUCCAUGAAUACUAUUGGAUUCUGCAGUUCUCUGAACGAUCUCCUGAAGUCCUAUGACCUGAAGAUUGUCGAUGGAGGCGACAAUGACAUUCGUAUUGUUGGAGUAGUAGCUAUAACAGUGAUGAUUAUCAUUUGUGCUGUUGGAAUGGAGUGGGAGUCCAAGGCACAAAACUUCCUCAUAGCCAUUAUCUUAGUGGCCAUAGUUAACUUUAUUGUGGGAAUCAUCAUUGGUCCUAGUAAUGAGACAGAAAUAGCUGAAGGAUUCGCGGGAAUGAGUUUAGCACUGUUUAAGGAAAACUGGGGUUCUGAUUACAGAUUUAGCGAAGGACUCAAUCAGAACUUCUUCAGUGUCUUUGCUAUUUUCUUCCCUAGUGUCACAGGGAUUCAGGCUGGUGCAAAUAUUUCUGGUGAUCUCAAAGAUCCUGCUACGUCUAUUCCCAAAGGAACGAUAUGCGCUCUCAUCUUAUCAAUGAUUUCCUAUCUGAUUUUCGUCUUUUUUGCCGGAUCUGGAGGUCUUAGGGACGCUUCUGGCCUGAUUUCUGAUAUCGGUCAUAAUGGAACACUUGACUGUGUUGCUAAUUUGACUUGUGAAUGGGGUCUCCACAAUUCCUAUACCAUGAUGCAAGUAAUGUCUGGCUGGUGGCCGCUGAUUUAUGCUGGAUGCUUCGCAGCGACUCUUAGCACAGCUCUGACAAAUCUCCUCUCUGUUCCACGUCUCAUUCAAGCUCUAGGAAUCGACAGGAUCUAUCCAGGAUUGAUCUUUUUCUCAAAAGGUUACGGACGUAAUGGAGAGCCUUACCGAGGAUAUGUGCUUACAUUCUUUGUCUCCGCUAGUUUUCUCCUAAUUGCUGAACUGAAUCUCAUUGCUCCGCUAAUUUCAACCUUCUAUCUCGCUUCUUAUGCCCUGAUUAAUUUCUGCACGUUCCAUGCGGCGCUCAUAAAGCCUUUAGGAUGGCGCCCAACAUUCAAGUACUACAACUUAUGGGUCAGUCUCAUCGGAUUCCUACUCUGUGUAGCCAUUAUGUUUUUAAUUGAUUGGGUGUCAUCUCUAAUAACUUUCGGUAUCAUCUUUGCCUUGUACCUCCUGGUUGUGUACAGGAAGCCUGACGUCAAUUGGGGAUCUUCCACUCAAGCUCAAACCUACAAAACUGCCCUCUCUUCAGCUCUGAGGCUUCAACAUAUUGGUGAUCAUGUUAAGAACUACCAUCCUCAAAUUCUAGUAUUGGCGGGUAAACCCCAACACCGUCCUCCUCUAAUCGAUCUGGCUAAUCUUAUUACGAAACAUAAUUCUCUGAUGAUUGUUGGCGAAGUUAUUCCUCAGAAAAUCUCAUACAAGUCUCGCUUGGCAAAUAUCAAGGAAGGACAGAAAUGGCUCAAAGCACGCAAGACAAAGGCUUUCUAUAACGUCGUAGACGGUUUUACAAUUGAGGAAGGUGUUCGAGCGCUUAUUCAAGCUUCUGGUUUUGGUAAAUUAGCACCCAAUUUAUUGCUUAUGGGCUACAAAAAUGAUUGGAAGACUUGCAAUCAGGAAGAACUCGUAUCCUACUUCAACAUUCUUCACGGUGCCUUUACCAAUCGUCUGGCUGUGGCUAUUCUGAGACUACCCAAUGGAACAGACUUCUCCCAUCUCAACGUCGAAAUUCCCAAUACGCCCAUCCAUGGAGGAUUAACAGCCAGCAACAGUUCAGUUAAUUUGGGUGUUAUGGAUGUACACGAUGUACAUAUGACUGGAGAUCUUUUAACUAUAAAGAAUCGUAUCAUGCACGCAGAUUCAAAUCUCAAUCUCGCGGCGCUGGGGACAAGUACUCAGAAUUCUCUAACCAUUCCCAUGCCUCCUCCAAUGCCCAAUCAACGAGCCCUACGGGAAGCUAUGGCCAGGAAUGAUAUUGUAUACUCGACCAGAGGGGGAUCCUGUGUACCCAAGCACAUCUUAGAUGCAUUGGGAAUUUUCCACACGAAGCAAGAAAAUAGAACGAUUGAUGUAUGGUGGCUUUAUGAUGAUGGAGGUCUCACUAUGCUCCUGCCUUACAUUAUCUCCACUCGGAAUUCAUGGGCAAGCAGUAAAAUUCGUGUAUUUGCUCUGACAAACCGACGCAUGGAAUUGGAAAUGGAAGAAAGAAACAUGGUCAAUUUGCUGAACAAGCUACGUAUUGAUUUCUCAUCUCUCACGAUGGUCGAGGGUGUUACGGACAAACCAAAAGACGAAACUAUUCGGAUGCAUGAAAGGAUCCUCAAUAGUUUUCUCGAGGGACAAGGAGGAGACUAUGUGGUAACUGAGGGAGAGAGAGCUCGUUUGCAGGACAAGACCUACCGGCAGCUGCGUCUCCGGGAGAUGCUGCAACAGCACUCAAAAGAUGCCUCCCUUGUUGUCAUGUCCCUGCCGAUGCCACGUCAAGAUACAGUAUCAGCACCCCUGUAUAUGUCCUGGCUUGAGAUUCUGACCAAGGAUAUGCCACCAUUCCUUCUUGUGCGUGGCAAUCAAACAUCCGUCCUCACAUUCUACUCCUAGUUAUUAUACAUAUCUCAAAUUCCAAAUAAAAAAAGAGGAAACUUAGGCUAAGGUAAAAAGAAAGAGAUUUCUCAAUUUGAAAUUCAUUGUUCAGAACUGAAUUCAAAAGAAUACAGAAUAUAUAAUUAGAUA